AUGGCUCUAGAGAGUCUGACGCAAAUUCCUGCCUUGGUGUGGCUGUCAUUACUCCUUGUCAUUCCUCUCGCGACACUGCUGCACGAUGUCUGGAUAUGGUCACGCAUGCCUCCAGGGCCCACGCCGCUGCCCUUCAUAGGCAACCGAUUCGACCUACCCAAGUCGAAACCGUGGAUACAAUUCGAAAAGUGGGCCAAGGUCUACGGCCCCAUCUUCACGGUGUGGAUCGGGCGGCGGCCUACGGUCGUGAUUUCAGAUCCGAAUGUGGCGGUGGAGUUGAUGGAGAAGCGGAGUACAAAGUACUCGUCGAGACCGCGCAUGGUGGCCAUGGGCGAGAUAUUGUGGGAUGGAGCGAGCAUACUAGUGCAACCGUAUGGCAAGGUGUGGAGCGUAAGGCGGAAACUCCUACAUCAGGCGCUCACGCCAAAGGCACUGCGAUUAUACAAGCCCGUGCAGAACGCAGAAGCGACGAGGCUAUGCUACCAGCUCCUGGAAAGCCCUGCAGAUUGGGAGAAGUUGCUCGAGCGCUUCACGUCUAGCAUUGUGUUUUGCGUGGCGUAUGGGCACCGCAUCGACUCGCUGAACGCGCAGAUUAUUCACCAGCGCUUCAAGUUUAUGCACUAUGCUUCGUCACUCAAUGUCCCGGGUAGGUACUUGGUGGAGUCGUUUCCGGUGCUCAAGUACAUACCGGACCUGCUCGCACCAUGGAAGGCAGAGAUCAAAGCCCACGGGCGCGAAGAAGCAGCGACGAAUAUGGGUCUCGUUGACCUCGUUCGCUCGGACAUGGCUGAAGCGAAGAGCCGUGGCGACACCAUUCCCGACUCUCUCUGUAAACUCCUCCUCGAGUUACGCGAUAAAGAACACAUCCCACUCUCCGACCGUGACUUCUCCUACAUACCCGCCUCUCUCUUCGGCGCGGGCUCUGAUACCACAGCCUCGACCCUAUGCACCGCCUUCCUCGCCCUCGUCACCCACCCCUCGGUUCUCCACGCCGCCCACGCCGAGCUGGACAAGGUCAUCGGCCCAAACCGAACCCCCACAUUCGACAAUGAAGCCAAUCUCCCCUUCAUCCGCGCUCUCACCAAAGAAGUCCUGCGCUGGCGCCCCGUCGCCGUCCUAGGCGGCACACCGCACGCCUCCACCGAGGACGACCACUACGAAGGCUACUACAUCCCCGCCGGCACCACCGUACUUGGCAACUCUUGGGCCAUCAAUCUGAACGAAGAAUACUAUCCCAAUCCGCACCACUUCGACCCCACGCGCUUCCUCGACUCUGCGCUCGCCGAGCGGGCCAAAGCCCCAUCGCCGCUCACAGGCAAACCGCACCCGGCAAAGGCAGGCCACUCGUCAUUCGGCUGGGGACGAAGAAUCUGCCCCGGUGCAAAUCUUGCCGAGAAUUCCCUGUUCGCUGCUCUAUCCAAGAUCCUGUGGGCAUUUGAUAUCGCGCCUGUCGAGGGCGUGGUGUAUGAUACUUUUGCGUACACAGAGGGCUUUAAUAUCCGGCCGCAGAAGUUUCGGUGUGAGAUUAGGAUCAGGAGUGAGGCGCAUAGAGAGGUCUUGUUCAAGGAGCUCAAGGAGGCGGAGGCUGUGUUGGAGAGAUUCACGCCGUUUAAGGAGUAG